CAGUCUUCUAUUAAAUGCUUCACGCGGGUCAGUCGUUUGGGUGGAAACGCAGCGCGCGCGUAAAGCAGACGCGCGUGUCUCCACGAGCCGAGAGUUCACGUUGAUGGACUGAUAUGUGACCGGUGUGGUGUGAGUGAUGAGUGACCACAUGAAGAUGGACCUCUCCUCCUCCUCCUCCUCCUCCUCCUCGUGGAGAGCGGAGUCCGUGCUCAUCUCUGUGGGCUUCACGCUCAUCUUCCUCGUGGGCACGGUGGGGAACUCUCUGGUGCUCGCGGUGCUCUUUCGUAACGGACAGAUGAAGACCACCAACCUGUUCAUCCUGAACCUCGGGAUAGCGGACCUGUGCUUCAUCGUGUUCUGCGUGCCCUUCCAGGCCACCAUCUACACUCUGGACCAGUGGGUGUUCGGCGCCGUGGUGUGUAAAGUCGUUCACUUCAUCAUUUAUCUCACCAUGUACGCGAGCAUCUUCACGCUGACCGCUGUCUCCGUGGACAGGUACUUGGCCAUCUGCUACCCGCUCCGCUCCAGACAGAUGAGGACGCCAAAGAACGCCAUUGCCUCCAUCGUGCUGCUCUGGCUCUUGGCGUUGCUGUUCUCCGCUCCGUACCUCAGUUACUUCACUCAGAUGGAGCUUGCGGGCGCCGUGCUGUGCAUCCCGGCCUGGGAGUCCAAACCACGCUUCGUCAUGGACGUGUGCACAUUCGUCUUCGGCUACCUCGUCCCCAUCCUGGUGCUCGGCCUCACCUACGCCCGCACCGUCCGCCACCUGUGGACGAGCGUGGACCCCGUGAAGGACGCGUCAGAGUCGCGGCGAGCCAAGCGCAAGGUCACCAAGAUGAUCGUGGUCGUGGCCGCUCUCUUCUGCGUCUGCUGGCUGCCUCACCACCUCGUCGUCCUCUGCAUGUGGUCCGGCCGCUUCCCGCUCAACCACGCCACCUACGUCCUGCGGAUCCUCUCGCACCUGCUGGCGUACGCCAACUCCUGCCUCAACCCCGUCGUGUACGCGCUCGUCUCCAAGCACUUCAGGAAAGGCUUCAGGAAGGUGUUCACCUGCUCGCCGAGGACGAGGGACGCCGUCAACAAGGUGCACGCGGUGCAGCCGGUGAACACGGCGAGCAGUGAGGAGACGUCCAAGUAAAGACGACGACCUUUGACCUUUAAGAAGAGGAGGAGGCGCCAACUGAACAUAGAUGCAUACCUAGAAACUCUUUGAGGUGCAUCACAUUCUGAAAGAGUUGGACGUAGACGUCUCGAGUCUGGAUUCUUUUUGAGAGGAAGGCGACAUGUGGAAAACGACAGGACAGAAACCUCCCUAAGGGGGCCCCAUCUGAUUGAUUUUUGCAGAGGGCCCCAACAGACUCUAGAAUUGCCCCUGCUAAAGGCUCAUGAGACUCAGGAGGUUUUGGGGUUGAACAAUAUAGUCUAAAUGUUCCUGGGUGGGCUCUAAGAUGGAGGGAUUGGAUGUUAUGUAAGCAUCAGACUUCCAUUCCCUUCAGCAUCAUUUCUUAUCUGUUGUGUGACUCGAUGUAUCAGCGUGGACCUCAGAGAGCCUCGCUGUCGUCUGUGUCUGUUUAGACUUUUUUAAGAAUCUGCUGCAUGAUGAUUCACUGUUUCUGGAAACCUGAGUGUUGUUGUUGUUGUUGUAAUGUGAGAUAUGAGAAAAGGUGUCUUUGUAUUUCCAUGAUGGUGCACUACACAACAUAAUAAUCAAGCUGUGAUGUAACCGCUGUCUGUGUCUGCCUAGCAACAAGUGACAGCUGCUGUCAUCGACUGAAAGAAGUCACUUUGAAUAAAGAGUCAGUAGGCUUCUUCAUUUGUCCCUUCUGGGCCUCCGUACAUGUGUGGUGGUGACUGUGUCUGCAGAGACUCUGUCC